AUGUCGAAUCCAAAGAAGCGUGCCGCCGAGCCAGCGGCGCCCGCAAAGGCGACCAAGAAGCGCAAGACCAAGGCCCAGCAAGAUGACGAGCUUCUCGACAUGGACCUCGGCGUCAACACGCUCUUCGCGCGCAUGGACAACCAGCUGCUGGCCGACCACCUCGCCCAAAAGCUGACGCGCUUCGGCGGCGACCUCAGCUCCGUCGAGCUGUCAGACCUGACCGUCUCGGCAAACUCAAUACGUGACACAACGGAGUGGAAGGAGACGAGGACGCUCGAUCACCUGCCCGGCUUCAUGGAGAAGUUUGCAGAGGAUCCCGCAAGCCUGGGCAAGGCGCCCAAGAAGAAAGGCGCGCCGCACACGCUCAUUGUCGCAGGCGCAGGCCUGAGGGCUGCGGACAUUGUCAGAGCUGUCCGCAAGUUCUCUAGCAAAGACAACGUGGUGGCGAAACUGUUCGCCAAGCACAUGAAGGUCGAGGAGCAAGUCACCUUCCUCAAGAACAGGAAAACAGGCAUCGGCGUCGGCACGCCUGCGCGUCUGAUGGAGCUCAUCGACAACGGGGCGCUCUCGCUGGACAACCUGCAGCGCCUCGUCGUCGACGCCUCGCACGUUGAUCAGAAGAAGCGCGGCGUCCUGGACAUGAAGGAUACGAUGAUGCCGCUGGCGCGGUUCCUGGUGAGGGACGAGUUCAAGGACAGAUAUGUGGACGAGAAGAAGCCGUUGGCGCUGCUGUUCUACUAG